ACACAAUGACCAGGACCAAUAGGAUAAACCCUCCCAGUCUUGAGGAGGGAAAGGGGUGGUGGGGAUUCAAACUAAGGCAGGCUCUACUGUGACUCAAACACACUCCAAGACAGACGACAGACAGUCUCCGCAGCUCUAAGAUAUUUGUUAACUGUUUGAAACCUGGGAAUGUCUCUUCUUUAGGGUUAAAAAGAAAAGACGAGAAAAAAAAGUUAGUCUGAGAGUGAAGCUAAGAAACAGAAACAGCUGGUUCAGGAGGAUGGAAAACUGAGCGUGUCUUAGACUUUGAAUCUUCAGUUGUUGGAGGAAGAAAAAAAAAGAGGAGCGAGGACAAGAAGCCUGAGGAUACUAGAGAUUAUGUUGCCAUGGAAACCAAGACCUGGAAGCGGACGCAAGGACCACUGAAGGUGGACGACCUCCCUUGACUGCAUCCUCGACGUGUUACUGUUCUGCCUGGCACUGUGGUGAGAGGUACUUAAACAUUUCCCAAUCUUUUAAGAGUUAAAGGGUUAAAUGUGUUUUAUCGCAGUGAAAAGCAAAGUUUGGCGUCAUAGGUUUUGAUGAGAUGUAAAAACUUUGGGUAUUGUUUGAAAAGGCAAAAACAUUUGAAAGUAGUACAAACAAACUCUUAAUCAAGUCUUUAUUUCACACGGGCAAGCAUAAAGUGCCACACUAUUUACUAAGUUUUUCUCCUGGAUUGCUGGAAUUCAGACAAAAAUGGUCUAAAUGUUAUGAAAAUGGACAUUCUUUACAGGUUACACAAGGAAAAAGUGAUUAUAUCUGUAAAAAAAAAAGCCAUGUUCACUUUGGAUGUAGUGAGAAACGCGUUCAAUGAGUAUGUGCUGGCUCGACAAAUCCCACGCCAUCGCUUCCAAAAAGUGGGCAGUAAGAGCCUGAUGGAGAUAAUAAGACGGAGUGACUCAGUGACUCUCUGAAUGACUAAGCAAACAACCAUGUAAUUCUACCAGCCGCAGUCGUACAGCUAUUUAGUUUUUCUGCCAGCAAAGGUUUGAUUCCCACAUGGGGCCACCCAAUUGUAAAAUAUACACCUUCGAGGUAUUGUAAGGUGUUCUGGAUAAAAGUGUGCGAGUGCUAAAUGACUAUAAUUAGCGGCUGGUGGUUUGGAGGAAUUAGUGCAGCGAGUGAGAAAAUGAUGACAGGAUGUUGUGCCGUGCUUAUAGAUAUUCAAAGUCGUUUUUAUGAGAAUAGAGGUGUAAGUGUUAAUUUUAAGUGAGCCUGAUAAUCCCCAUUCUUUUCCUGUCUUCAUUGGCACAGGUGAAUUUCCUUAAGAUGCGUGUCAUUAAUGUACACCUGUGUAGUCAUGUGUGCACUGAUGUGGUUCCAAGUGGGCGUGUGAACAUGUGUGUGCGUGUGUUUCUACAGUAUGCGUGCAGUGAAUGGUGGGGAGUUUGCCUUCUGAUCCUUCUUAGAGCUCUGGUGACUGCACCACCUUGCACAGUCUGCUCUGAUGUCAAAGAGGAUUUAGCACACAGGCACAUUACACUUUCUUUAGCGACAGAAAACACUUCAUCCUAAGCCUCUAAAGAUAGUAAAACUGGUGUUUGAUAGAAGCCUUAACAGCACUCUUAACACGUGAACCUCACACAGGAACAGGUAAUGAGAGACCUCUGAGAAGGUGGAUUAGGACAGCAGAAAUUCAUGUGGAAGUUGGUGAGAAAGUAUUCCGCUAAAAUCGAGUCCUUUUUUUGAAAACCAAAAGCACAUUCACCUUGCUAAGUAUACCAUAGAUUAUAACAAAUACUCUCAAUCCCCUUAACACGCAGCAGCCUGCUGGUGUACCAGUCAUUGCACACUCAUGCUGUGAAACCAAAACACGGUUCAAACCCACAGAACUUUAUUCCCAGUUUUAAUAGGGAUAUUAAAGCUUCUGAAUGCGAAAUUCGCCUAAAAUGAUGCUUAGAGCAGCAAUAAUUUUCAUUUUAAUUGAAUGGUUUCAGCUUUGAGUAGGGACUCGGGCAAAAAUAUCCAAGUCAUAAAAAUAAUACAGCAUCAAUAAAUAUCUGGGAUAGGCUGAUAAAGGAAAUGAGAUUGUCGUCAGACAGUGUCAAAUAAAGCCAUUUCACUAAUCAUGAAGCCUGCAAAACAGAAAACUGUACAUUAAGGAAUUAUACAAGCAAACCUCAUUUUGAGAGAGCAAAUGAAAGGUGGUGUUAAUCAUUUCAGCUAAGUAGUGCAAUCCUAAUCUGAAACGAGCUACGCAGUAUUAUCAUAGCAUCUCUAAUUGCCCCUCAUCCUCCGCUAAAGCACUUAAUGUUGCUGCGGCGAAGGAGUUGCCUCACAUUCUUGCCAGCACUUAGCUUGGAAAGCAUUAUAUAUGGGCUGCUAGUCAUUAUCAAGAUGGAUUGUGGUGACAAAUGGCUGCCCAAACCGCCUUCAGCAGCCUCCUGGCCAUGUUGGCAUUAGACACAUUUACACAGAAAAGCCCCCCAAAAGGACCCCCCUCCCUUCCCUCCUCCUCCUCCUCUUUCUCCUCCUUCCUCCUAACUGUUAAUGAGCCAACAGCCGAGCGCAGUUUGGGAAAACAGAAUCCGCAAAUGCAGAUAAUGACAUGGUUCCUCUUUGUGUAAUUGGCUGCAAGUGAAAACAUUUCAUUUACCUCUCUUUCCCUCUCUUGCUAUAUCCUGUGUGUGUGUGUGUGUGUGUGUGUGUGUGUGUGUGUGUGUGUGUGCGCGCUCUUGUACACAGCUAACCCUUGUGUGAUUGAGGUUUUUGAGCUGCACGGUGAAUUAAAUGCCGUUCUACUGUAAUUAACUGCACUUACCAGUCUGUGUGUGAGACUUUCUGACGCACCGAUAAUUGAGGCAUCAGGUUUUGUUUGUUUUAACCUGCCUUUGAAGGCAUGCUGGGAAGAUGUUUCUCAUGGUUUAGCCCAAGGUACAUCUGUGUGUACAAAUUUGAAAGUCUUGCAAUGACUCUUAUUCCCCUUUUUUUUAUAUUCAACAGCUAAACGUCUCAAAUAUUGAUACAUUUUGCACCGAGGCUUGGGAUUUUUAUGGCUAAUUAUGCUUUAUUUUACUCUGACAUUUGAAAAAAGGCCCAUUGUUUCAAGACUCCACCAUGGUAUUAUUAUGCCAUUCUGAAAAACAAAACACAACAAUUUCCCACUGACUAUAAUAGCUGUUUUCAGAAAAAGUCAUGUUCUUAGCGCCGCAGUCUUGCUGGUAUUUGUAAUUUCAUUAGAGGUCUGAAUUUUGGAACCAAGGUCUGCCACAGUUCACUGAAGCGUUUCCCCCAAGUAUUUGUGGUUCUUGUAAAACAUAAAGCUGUGUUUGUGGACAAUAUUAGCGUGUAGCAGAGACAGAGAGGUCCGGUUGAGUUCUGUCUCUGCUGCAUUAAUGCACAAAACCACAGUCUCCUUCCGUCUCCGGGUCCCUGCCAUGAUUAGCCGAGGAGAGAGAGACAGAUAGAGUGACAAAGAGAGACAGAUGGAGAGAGAAUGAAAUAAAGAGGCACAGCUUGUGGAGGGAUAUGCAGUAAAGGGGUGUUGGUUUUGUUUCCCUGUAGGUCAUCAGUCCCAGACACCACUGACUCUUCCACUGCUUUCCUUCUAUCUCCCAACCUCAACCACAAACAGCCCACCCAUCCACCUUUUUACUCCCCCUAAAGCCCCUGAAUCCUUUCCCCAAACCCACAAUUUGUUCCUCGCUGGAGAUUGAUGAGGAAAGCUUGGCAGACCCGCCACUAUCAUACUUACACCGAGUUUGGGAGUGGGGAAGGAGCAUGCCUGAUGCUUGUAUGGGCCAUUCGUCAUGUCCUGUGUACACAGUCAGUCAGGCCAUCCCUCAAAAGUCCCUGGGGCUUUGCAGACUGUAGCUCAGGGUGCCUCUUUAAGCGAUGGAUAGCGGGAGAAGAGGCUGCACACAGAAGCGGUGCCUGUUCCUCAGAGCGGGGGGGUUUCAUGCAUUUAAACACACAGUCAGCAGGAACAGGGGGAGAAAGAGACAGAGAGACAGAGCAGCCAAAGACAAAUGAGACUGUGUUGGACAUGGAAGGUAGAUCACUGAAAGACUGAGUGGGGUCAUGACUCCCCUGAUGCAGUAGGUGGUGGAAGGACCCAGCGGGAGUCUUCAGUUUAGUUAUUCUAACCUUUAUGACGGGUGUGUGUGGGUGUGUGUGCUGGCUUGUGCAUGCAUGCAGAAAUGUGUGUUUGCAGAGGAAAUACAGAUCCCAAAUGCAGUGUCUAUCCUGAUUAGGGUAUUUGUGGAGUUAUGCUGUGCACAAACCUUAAAGCAAUUAAUUUCCUGCAGAGAUCCAAUUGAAAAUCAACUUAAAAUGCAUUUAUUUUUGGGACAACCUUGAAUGAGAAUACCACAUAUGAGAAAUUAACUUAAUUGCUAGCAUUAAAACCUGAUUUCUUGGCAGAGCGCUUCCUUCCUCCUGGAUUUGAUCUUAAUGAAGGAAAUGAAGAUAAAAAAACACAUUCAGGAGAAGAGAUUUGCACACAAAAGAAAGUUAAAAGCAGAGUAGAUCUGCGCAUUUGUAACCCCAAUACGUCUCUAUAUAUCCUAUAGAAAGAGUCUGGUACUUCUCUGGAUGGACAAACAGCUGCUGUCUAGCUUAAGACCAGUGCUGCCAGGUUAGUGAUAUACAGACUCAAGUGCUGGUGCAGUUUCGGACAGAGCUGCCAUGACCUCUGGGUCAGGGGCAGAAAAAGGGAGGGAGAGAAUUCACAGAAUGGAUUAUGAUAAAGUCAUUUUCUUCAUGUCAGAGUGAGUUGCACAUUCAGGAGAGGAAGAAAGGCAACAUAGAAAUUUGCACGGCAAAGAAGCGCUUGUGAAUAGCAGCGGCCAAUGGCCUUGAGGCAGUUUGGUUCUCUGUCAGAAUCUCUGACUUGAUGUCAUGCAACGCUUGUCAAGAGCAACAUCUGCUGAAAAGAUGCUUGAGUGAUGGUCAAAAAUGUGCUGGCGUGAAAGCUGACAGCGUGCGCAGGGGCGGAUACUCAAUCCUGGAUGGAGGUGGAGAAAUUUCUCAAGAUAACACUUUCUUUCUGGUGCUAACAUGAUACAGGAGACAGGAUGGUGAUAAUGGACACUGUGGGUCAAUCUCAGUUCACUUUGCUCCACAGUGUAUCACCAAAGAGAAGACGAGUGGACUCCCAGAGGGCACUGUAUAGUUCCCCAUCUCUUCCCCUAAUAACAUGCAGAUGGGCCUCUCUAAUGCCUGUUUACAUAUCUGCGGCAUAGUUCAUGACUAAAGUAAGCAAAGCCCUAAUUAUUUUACCCGGCGACGGGACCAAUAAAAUCAACUUCCCCUUCUCGUUAUGGGUGUUUAAGUGAAUCCUUUGAUGGCAGGCCUUUGUUUAUUUUUGGAAGAGUUGCGUAGCCGAGAGGAAAGCAAAUAGAAGUAAUGACACAGAGUUGCUGACAAAUGGAGGCCCUAGUGAUGGAUUCAUUUCCUCAAUGAUGCCUGGAGGGCUACACUCUGAAGCAGGUUCAACAUAAAUGCACUUUCCUGCCAUUGAAAACAUGAUAGAUGGUAGGAUCAAUAUCAUUGUGUUAGUUAUGUAAUAGUCAUGUAUCAUCACUUACUGUCAUUAAUUUGUUUCUGUUUUGUUUCCCUCUCUUUUUGUAGAAUGCUGUGGAAAAUAACCAUCCCAGUCAUCCUAGCUGGGGUGCUCUGCAUCACGGCAGAAACCAAAAAGUCCCGGCCCCAAGGAUCCAUCCCCUCCCCGUACAAAACCAAAGGGAACCUGUCCUCAGAACGACACCACCGGUUAGUGCAUCAGAAACCAGAGGUGCUCUCCUCCAGCAGGGAGGCCUUAGUGGUGACAGAGCGCCGCUAUCUCCGCAGAGACUGGUGUAAGACCCAGCCCCUCCGUCAGACAGUCAGUGAAGAGGGCUGCCGCAGCCGCACUGUGGUCAACCGUUUCUGCUAUGGCCAGUGCAACUCCUUCUACAUACCCCGCCACAUGGGCCCCAGCUCGGGUCAGGGCCACAACCGAGGCCAGACCUCAGGCUCUGGAAGGAAAAGUCACAACAAGGUCCAGGAACCGUUCCAGUCCUGCUCCUUCUGCAGGCCGCACCGCAUCACACAGCUCACAGUGCAGCUGGACUGCCCGGACCUGCAGCCACCUUUUAGAUAUCGUAAAGUGCAGAGGGUCAAACAGUGUCGCUGUAUGUCUGUGGAUGUGAGCGGCCACGGGAAACUGUGAAGAUGGAUGUGAAAACUCCUCUAAAAUUAUCAGGACUGUGCAGGAUUCGACAAACUUUGCCAAACAAAGACUGGCCUCAAGCUGAACCGUCCGCUUUCUGCAUCAUCUUGUAGGAAUAACAACUUGUCCCACAAUGAAAUGGCAUGAAAUGUUGAACUUGUAUAAUUAAAGACUCAACAAUGACUUAAUCAGAGAGAACACGUAUAUUGGUGAAAGACUUACACAAGAGACUGCCAGAGACUUUGAUGAUGAAGCAGCAAAUGUUCAGCAUUAAACAUAUUUCAUCUCUUAUUUGAAACAGUCGGCAUCUACUUGGUUACUUAUACAUUUGUCACGAGAUUCCCUUGUGAUGAAUACCAAACAUUAUGGACACGGUUGAAAGUUGAACUUUAAUGUGACUUGUUUUUUUGCAGGUGAAUCCCACACAGUUUGCCAGCAGUGUAAGAGGAAUUGACUGUGUUAAUAAAUGUUUCAGUUUUCUGUAUAUUUCCCUGAACUUCAAAGAUGUCCAAAAAAUAUUCUGGCCAGUAGUACAAAACAUACUGCAGCAUGUGUUAUGGAGGUGCAAUGCAAUAUAUAUACACUAUAUAUACUGUAUAUUAUGUAAGCGUGUAAGUAUGUAUGUCAAAGGUAUAUUAAAUCUAUUUCAUAUAAAACUAAAGCGAUGUUUGAUCUGACCGCUCACCCUCACACCUGAACAAAUGAUACAACAGAAUCUCCAUUUCAAAAAUGCUGUUAUGUCUUUUAUUCAAUAAAUAUAAAUGUCUAUGGUCAAGGUUAUUCAAUCAAAACAUAUUAUUGGUAUUGCACAUGAACAUCACAUCACAUAGUCGUAUGGCUACAUUAGCAUUGGGGUCACACGCACACACACACUCAUGCACACACAUGGUGGAAAAGGCAAAACUAGGUGCAUGAGAUUCGCUCAAAACAUAAAGCAAGGUGACAAAACUGCUGAAUAAAACAUUGGUGGGUCUGUUUCAGAUCACGCCACUUGGGUAUGCACGGCCUUUAUAGAUACUGAACCACAACAGAGAAGUUGCUGUAUAAUUAUCACUACAAAGGAAUGUACAACUAUCACAUUUCACUCGAUGUGAAACAGAUUUUUCUUCUUAACAUGUAACAUUUAAUCACAGAUGAUAUGUCUCAGAAAGCACUCAGAUGACCUCUGCACUGCGAAAUAAGGCACUGAUGAUCCAUACCUACCAACCUAUGUUGUAGAAAUCUUAUAAAACUGUGCCUUUUACCUCAAAAGAAGAUAUAAGGACAAAAAACAUGUGCCUUUCUAGGAAAACAGGCAGGAAAUUGCACAAAAAAGAGAAACAGGCUACAUAUGGCUUGUAAAAUACCGAGAAAGCUGUUAGAUACUGUAAUUUUACUACAAAUUUCACACUGUCGUGGAAAAUUUCUGGGAUUUUCUUGCAGGCAGCUCCACUUAAUCUACUCAUUGCAGUGAUUUUUCAUUUGAUUACAGAAGUGCUCUCGAAAUGUGGCGAGUAAUGUGAUAUUUCAACUAAGGUUUUAACAAUAUCAUACCCGCUUUGAACUGUCUCUCAAUAAACAACAGAUCUAAAUCGAUUCAAAACAAAUACUGGAGGCAAAUGCAUUUGUAAAAAAUGACUCAUGAAUCACUGUCAGAUUGUACAAACGUCGCUUGUGCAAUAGGCUGCUUGAUGAUCGUUUUCCACUCCCUUGCUUCAGAUCUUCUGACCCAGCUUUGCUUUCUGUGGGAGAAGAAACAGGCUUGAGUUAUUUACAGCACUGGCACUGGUCUCAAUCUGUAACUGCAGGAGCCAGGAGUGCGGUUUCUUCCACACCCCUUAAGGUGUUUGUAAGAAAUAGAGGCCGUUAGAAGAAGAGACAAUUUGCACCAAAGGGAGAAAAGAAAAACAGGACUGGUGCAGCAUGUACAAAAUGAACAAAUAAAAGCACACAUGAAAGCAAAUAAAGACAAGAAGUGUCAGGACGUACUAUUCCAGUUGCGUGCUUGGGUUUCACAUUGUACGAGGCCUUCUCCUUUGCCUGUUUGAAGCACUCUUCAGCCAUUUUGACUCUUAAAAAAGAAAAAGACAAACAGUAAUAAACAUCAGUCACCCAACAGAGACAUGUUCAAACUAUUUAAAGAGCAGUCAUUUACUUUUGAACAUAAAAAAAGAAAAAGGAAUUUGGAAAAGUCCACUCAUAUGGUUUAAAAUGACUCACUCGGAUUUUACUACUAUGUGGAGCAGACCAGCAGCAUCACUACUUAUUGGUGCUUUAAAAGACUAAUGAUCAACAGGUUGGCAUUCAGCAAGAACAGCUUUUAACAUGAGCACUGUGUGUGCCUGCGCUGCCUGCUUACAUGUGCAUAGAACACAUGCAAGGAUGAAUAUUUAUAGCUCAACGGGAGUCUCACAGAAAGAGCAGCAGAAAGAGAAUCGGGACGAUUGCCAGUGGCGCAGGGCAAAGAGUUAAUGCUUUCAAAUUGGUUUUAUUCUUUCCUACUGAAAAAGCAUUGCUUGUGACAUUUUGCUUCUCCUGCAAAUACAUAUCACAAUUCAAUCUUCAUCAGCAUAAUGGACCAAUUUGCUUGUUGUUGACAUAUGUAACGGUAUCUUUAAAUUCAUCAAACCACUGGAAGCUAACUGGAUGCUCCAUGUAUUCUUUUCAUUACUGUGGUGAGGACACAGAUUUGGGUCAUUUAACCUCUUUCCCCUUCAUGAAUUUGGAUGAAUGUGAUAGGAUCUUCAGUGAACACGGGAUGCACCGCAAUUUAUUAAUGGUUCGUGUUCCUCUGC